GGGACCAUCAUCUACCCUUAUUAAUGUACGGAGUAGUAUCUCCCCUUCCAAUUAUACGAGAACCCCCCAAAGGGACAACAUGAAACAGGCUCGAUUUCCCUUUUUCUCCCCCCAAAACAUAGCCUAGUCCCAUCAGGUCCCUGGAUUCUCCAUUCAAACUCACUCCACUUGAUCAUCGCCCCCAUUUUAAUUUGUCCCUGCCCACUUAGGAAAGCCUAGUGAUGCCAUGCUGGCAUCGCAGGCGGCACUCGUCGACACUUCUCUUCUCUCCUCCAACAGAUCACUCAGCCUCCAGUUCAUCUCUGACAUCUGACGUGUGCUGUCCCGCCAGCUUCGUUUCCGUGGUAAAAGAGUCGGAUCAUCCAGCUUCGACAUUACAUACCUAUUGCCUAUUGCCUUGAUUUCUUGCACCGGCUCUGUCGGAGCUAUCUGAUCUCAUCGCCCACUUGUCUUCUGGUCUUUUUCUCACCUCAGCGCAAAGCUAGAAGGCUAAGCGCCCUUUGAUCGCAUUGCAUUGCUGAUCGACAACCGCCUCCAUCAAAACAAAACACAUACUCCUUCGCAGAUCAAAAUGUGGUCGCGGGGACCGUUCAAAUCGCGUCGCCCGAUUGGCACCCCCACAUUCGCGGAUAAAACGUCACAGUCCGCGGAUCCCAUCCGGCCAGUCGACUAUGCCAAGGCUAAGGACCUGCCUGCGCUGCCAUACGACUCUACUGUUUCAUUGAAGGCUACACAGGCUCACCAGCCUACCACGCCGUUGCCUCCUGCGCGCAAUAGCCUUGACAACAAGCAGCUUCCAGAUGUAUCUCCGGCCGUUUCGCCCGAACUGGGGCCUCGAGUCCGCGAUAGUGGAAGCAGCUUCUGCGUGUCGCCGAUAGAAGAGAGCGAGAUUGAUCGCGGGUUCCGCCACGAGCGAAUGGGUUCUUGGGGCUAUGGAGUCGCUGAUCCUGCCCUGUCUCGCGCAAUCAAUACGGAGCCAGCGCUGUCUGAACCCUCGCAGUCGGCACCUAAGACGGUAAAGUUGACGCCAACCGGCGAUGAAAAAACUACUCGCUGGGAUGCAUACUCGGGCGAGCCGACAAAGAGCAACGCAGGAAGAGCAGGCCAAGUAGAGCCGCGCAACACGGGCUUCCAUAAGGUAUCGGGGUCACACACUACCAACUUCCUACAUUGGGGCCGCGAGCAACUGCAGCCCAAGAAGAAGUUCGAACAGGCACGGAGCCGGAUCAGCAGUUUCUCCAAGAACGAGAAUCGCGCGCCACAAACCCGCGAUCGAUCGUCGUCACGUGUGUCGCCAUUGGCAGAGCAUUCCGUUAAUCAAGACGCGAUUUCCCCUUCUAAAAAUGCUAAUUUGGGAUUCGUCCCUACGGUCGUGACGACAAUUACUGCGGGCAGUCCUAGACCGUUGCCAGAGAGACCGACCACCGAGCAUGCCUAUAAGGCCCCUCGGCUGGAGCUAUCGAACAACAAUCUUGACGCAGCAAUAGACGACAUGGCGCAGUCUGCGCAGCCUCCAAGCCGUUCUGGCGCACCCAGUCCCGCUGGCGUUAUGUAUACCGGCAGCGUUACUGGGAGCCCAGACGACAGCCCGCGCACAAGUCUGAACCUAGUAUCGACAUCUACAGAGGACCUCCCGGGUUCUAUCAUGUCACGUCGGCGCCCGGUCCCCAUUUCCAUGCCCAUCUCAAAGAAGCCAUCCGACGACGCCCCCAAGGACACGUUAGGUCGCAUCGAGGCCUUCGAGGCCCGACGCGACGAGCUCGCGAAGCGCAGAUUUAAUCUGGAGACGGUCAUUCACGAGUUGACCCGGGUAAUUCAGCCGGGGUCUGUCGCGUAUGAUCUCGCCGCGAAGGCGGAGGUUAAGCGCAGCGUGCAGAGCAUCGAAAACGAGAUUGCGGAGAUCAAGCGUGAGGAGCAUGAGCUUGGAUUGAAGGUGACCCGCGCGUGGAGACGGUUGGAUGAGAGAGAGAAUCAUGGUGAUGGAAGUAACUUGUGGGUCAAGCGCGUCACAAGUUGAUGUAGUGAUUUUGACCCAAGGGAGACUUGCUCCUCUCCCCUUAAUCUGGAAAUUUGGAAGGCUUCCUUGAUACUCUGAUUUACUUUGCCCUGGCGUUUUUGAAGCGUGCCGAUUCCCCAUGCAGGGCGAGGCUGCCAACGAUACCCUCCUUUUCUUUUUGGGGAUUUCGUGUUUGAUUAUGAUAAAUUGGUCGCGCGUUGAUGUUAGAUUGUGCUUCCAGAAUAUGAAAACAUGACAUACGUUGAAAAUAUUUCCGUCGCUCUUUGACUCCGGUUGAACGGUUUUCGAGUGGAAAUUUGAAUAUGAUACAGCAAAAUUAGAGUAAAGCAGUGGGUCAUGCUCUCGGAACAACGUCGACUAGCUAGGCGAACUCAACCGCUAGAUUAACGAGGUUAUCCUGGCACGAAGGAGGCAGUAUCAUUGCCAAAGGUUGAUAUAGAGUAUUCGAGAUUGAGUUACUCAAGUAUAUGCAGAAGAUGUAUCAGAAGCGCAGUAGUGGUAUGUAUUUGCUAAUGAGGAAGAAUGCCAGUCGUUUCCGCUGUCAUUGUGACAUGGCUCGUUUGGUUCGUAAAAGGUGGGGAGAAUCGCAAAAAUGUAUAGGCGCAUGGCGCUUGUUCAUCGUCCCAGACCGAUCCCUUAUUUCUUGCCAGACUUCUUGAUGCCCUGCUGGCCGGUGUUGAGGGGACCCUUCUUGCCCUUGGUGGAAUCGAGGAGGGCCUUCUUGGCCGCAGCAUC